AUGGAUUUUAGUGAGGAUUAAUAAAACAAUUAGUUAGGUUUAGAUAAAGAUGUCUCUAAAAUAUCAUUUUUGUCAAUUUUAAAACAUCUUAGCUCAUUGAAUUAAAUGUUCAUCAUAGAGAUGGAAGUCAUUUUCAAAAGAACAGGUUUUUAUAAAAAUGUCAAAAAUUUUUAAAGGAUUCUACCAAAAGAAGAAAAAUUAUUUAAAUAAGAAAAAGAAAUAGAAACAAUUAUAAAACGUAAAAUACUGAAGAAAUAAUAAAUGACAAAGUCACAUUCAAAGAAAAAACUAUUUGCAUCGAAUAAUUACGAUUCAGCUCUACAUAAUAAUUUAGUUGAUUCAAAAUAUUCUUUUCAUUCAGAAAUAUCGUUGAGCUAUAAACAAGCUAAUAAAUUAAUUUUUAGCAAAAUUGUGUAAUUAGAAGAUACUUUAGAAAAUAAAGAUUUAGCAGAAAAAUUAAGAAUAAUCAAAUAAUAUUUGAAUCAAUGUAUAAUUCAUAACAAAUGAUAUUUUAGCAUUCACUCUAGAUAAAAUGAACAGAUUUGAAGAAACCUUGAAAAAUUAUGAUUGAGCAAUACAAAAAAAUCCAGAAGAUUCAAGAUACUAUUGUAAUAAAGGUAUAAUUCUAAAUGGAAGAUAUUUUAGCUAAUACUCUAGAAUAAAUGAACAGAUUUCAAGAAGCUGUGGAAAAUUAUUUUUCGGCAAUACAAAAAAAUCCAGAAGAUUCUGACUAUUAUAAUGGCAAAGGUAUAAUUCAAAAUUUGAUGAUACUUAAGCAAUAACUCUAGAUAAAAUGAACAGAUUUGAAGAAGCUUUGUAUAAUGAUGAUUCAGCAAUACAAAAAACCCAGAAGAUUCAAGAUAUUAUUUUAAUAAAGGUAUAAUUCAAAAUGGAUGAUAUUUUAGCUAAUACUCUAUUUUUAUAUAAUUUACAAUGACGUUAGAAUAAAUGAACAAAUUUGAAGAAGCUUAUGAUAUAAUAAUUUAGAAAUUUCCACAAACCUCCACCUAAAAUUAAGUAAAAGGUAUAAUAGUAUAAUAACGAAUAUUUAGCUCUCACUUUAAUUCUAAUUACUCGAAUUCGACAAGCAUAAUAAAUUCUCUGAAAUUUAUUUACCUAUUUGA